CUAGUACCCGUCACAUCCCAAACCAGCCAAAUUAUGAGCAGCACUACUACCACCUCCAAGAGUUGCCCUUUGGACACAAACUACAGCGACAACGACAAUCAACGGAUCGAAGGCACGGGUACCUGGACAACCGACGAACACGACCGGUUUCUCACUGGCAUUGCCAUGUACCCCAAGGGCCCGUGGAAGAAAGUCGCGGUCAUUGUGAAGACGCGAUCCGUGCGCCAACUGCGAACCCACGCCCAGAAAUUCCGCGAAAAGAUGGCGCGGCGGGAGCGGCGGGUCGAGUGCUCUGUCAGCAGCGCGUCGUCGACGACUUCGUCGGAGGACAGAGAAGCCAACGUGGACUGGGAAAACUGCGGGGUGACGCACAAAUACGACGGUGAGGUCAACACGUGGGUCGGCGACCCCAUCUCGUUUGCCAGAACCGGCGUCCAAUACGACGAGUGUGCGCUGUUUCUCCUCGAAGCGUUUGGCGAGUGGGGCUGUGCCCUGUGAUGAUGGCGCCCAAUAGGUAUAGAAGGAAAAGUACAUAGGAGAAAUACAGUUAGUUAAGUUAUAAUCGUAGCGCCCCCAAGCUAUACUAGUAGAGCACAAGGGGGUCCAUAGUUGCA